ACGCAAACAAGCGUGAGCUGUCCAGCGUCCAUCACGCUCACAAGCACAAACAAAGACCCUUUUGAUUUCACCACUUUUUAGCUAAGAAAUUAAUCCUUUGUGAUUGUACUAAGUGAGGCAGGUUGUUUUUUUCUGCGGAUCGACGCCUUCAUGUGCUGGUAGGAUGCCUAUGGAUGGAACAGGUGGCAUUCACUUGUAACAACACGCCAUAUUCGGGAACCGUCUAAUUGCCCUACGAGGAGCCCAGGAAGUAGCCGGGGACGAGUGAGCGGCAAACAGUCAUGCCGGUGGCCGAGUGUGAGGUGCUGCUGCCGGAGGGCGAGCCUGACGACGGCGACCUGCUGCCGGCGGCGGCGGCCACGCUGUGCAGCAGCCCCGCCGCCGACAUCCUCAAGAAGUUCUACCACACCAAGCGGGUGGGCAACUACCUGAUCGGCAGGAAGCUUGGCGAGGGUUCCUUCGCCAAAGUCAGAGAGGGGCUGCACGCGCUCACCGGGGAAAAGGUGGCGGUGAAGGUGAUCGACAAGCGCAAGGCCAAGAAGGACUCGUACGUGACCAAGAACCUGCGGCGCGAGGGCCAGAUCCAGCAAAUGAUCCGCCACCCCAACAUCACGCAGCUGCUGGACAUCCUGGAGACGGAGAACAGUUACUAUUUGGUGAUGGAGCUCUGCCCCGGCGGGAACCUCAUGAACCGCAUCUACGACAAGAAGCGGCUGGACGAGCGCCGCACGCAGAAGUACAUACGCCAGCUGGUGCUGGCCGUCGAGCACUUGCACAGGGCCGGCGUGGUGCACAGAGACCUGAAGAUUGAAAACCUUCUAUUGGACGAGCAGGACAACAUCAAGCUCAUCGAUUUCGGGCUAAGCAACUGCGCCGGCAUCCUGGGCUAUUCGGACCCCUUCAGCACCCAGUGCGGAAGCCCCGCCUACGCUGCGCCGGAACUGCUCUCCAGGAAGAAGUACGGACCCAAAGUGGACGUCUGGUCCAUCGGCGUCAACAUGUACGCCAUGCUAACGGGCACGCUACCGUUCACCGUGGAGCCCUUCAGCCUGCGCGCCCUGCACCAGAAGAUGGUGGACAAGGAGAUGAACCCUCUGCCUCCCUCGCUCUCCACAGCCGCCAUCUGCCUGCUGAAGAAGCUUCUGGAGCCCGACCCCAACAAGCGUCCCAACAUCCACCAAGUGAUGGCCGACUCGUGGCUGCAGCUGGCUAACAGAAACACGGGGGCGCCCUACCUCAACAGGAUCCACAUUGAGGAGAUCAACCACACGGUGCUCCUGCACAUGACGGAGAAGAUGGCCUACAAGCACAGCGAGGUGCUCAGCGCCGUGCUCACCAACCGCGCCUGCCACACCCUGGCUGUCUACUUCCUGCUCAACAAGAAGAUGAAGAGGCUUUCCAAAGAGUACCGGGAGAUGCAGUUCCAGGAGAAGAAGAAGGGCGACAAGCCCAAGAACGAGUACUUCCAGACGCAGUGGCGCAAGCACGUGGACAAACUGACCAUCCCGCCCAAGCAGGCGCCCGUCUACUUGGCCGUGAGCAAAGGGCCCAGCAAGGAGAAGAAGCACCGUACCGGUCUGUUACGCGCUCUGACCGGUGGGCACCGUAACUCGCCGCUGGCGCCGCCGGGCACGGUGGCGUCGUCAUCCAUGGAGUACCUGGAGAUCCAGCCCCUGUUCUCGUCGCACACGCCGCAACAACGCCGCCGCCUGGCCACCAUGCCGCCCGUCAAUAACGCCGGCGGCGGCGCCAGCCCCGAGCACGGCGUGCCGGCCCCGCCCGCGCCCUCGCCCAUCGGCAUGCACUCGUUCGGCUCGCUCUCCAAGGCCGAGGGCCUGGACGACGCGCCCGCCUCGCCCUGGUACAAGCUGACCAACGGCACCCUGUCACCGCCCCGCCACGUCUCGGCCUUCCAGCCCGACUCGUCUUACCUGAAGAAGGCCACCGUCCCCAGUCCGCCCGUGCUCAUCGUCCACCCCCAACCCAAAAAGAGCGUCUCCGCCGACUGGGGCGGCGGCGGCUUCUUGUCCGACGCCAGCGGAAGCCCGCCCAGCGCGAUGGGAAGCCCUCCGGGCUCGGCUUUCAGCCCGCCCAAGUCGGCCUUCAGCCCGCUCAACCCGCCGUCCAACCCGAGCGGAAGCGGCAGCGAGACCGACAGCCCCACGCAGCGCGCCAAGAUCCCCUGCGUGGGCGCGGGCCUGGGUUUCAAAAAGAAGACCCAGCUGCAGCCCUUCAGCUUCCGGCCCGAGCAAGUGGUGGAGGAGGUGGUGUCGCCACCGCCCUACCCCAUGCAGACUCUACUCUGCGCGUCGGGAGCGCUCAAGACCCUUUGCUGAGACCCUGGACCACCAGCUGGGAACUAUAAAUAACGGACUUCAAAAUGGAACUCAAAUGUGACAUAUGGCUCCCUUAGCAAUGACUUCCGAGUUUGACGCUCAUCGGUCCAAAUCCACGGAAAUCGAUUAAGAGAAAAUGGCCAUUCACUUUAUGCACUUUUAAGGAAAUCUGCUAUUUGGAUUUAUCAGUCUUCAACAUUAUCCGUCACUUUUUUGGGGGUAUCGAAAGCAGCGUCUCAUUUUCUUUGAAUUAACAUUACGCUGCUCGUCUUCCAGUAGCUAAAGCAGCAUUUCUUAGAAAGCGCACGACUCGUGGGG